AUGCAAAUCUCUCUCCUUUCUCUAUCUGUUAUAACUUCCAUCCCCACUUUGCUCAUCAAAAACUCUUGUCACAAAGUCUCUCUCUUUUGCAUUUCCACAACCAAUUUCCCUCCAUUCCCAAACCCACUCUUCUCUGCAAAACUCUUCCUUCCUCCAAAGCCACCGUCUUUCCCUGCGUUCAAUCGUUUUUCUAUCUCUGAACCCUUAGAAUCGGAUACCAUUAUGGAGAAGGAGCCUCUGCUCCCAUAUUUCAGCCCCAGAAAGAAGCCUCAAUCACUGCCACCACUAUGUCCCUUGCCAGAGCACGAUGAAAUGGUUCUUCCAAUGACCCCGUCGCAAUUCAAGGACCGUCUCAUAUUUGGUCCUGCUUGUGCUUCCCCGAGGAACCCUUCACCUUUAGCUGAUGCCUUAACACUGCCCAACAAUUCCCCAAAAUGUUCCUCUUCUACCUCGGAGGACUAUGUUGAUUCCCAGCAACACCUGUCCUCUUGGCUCAUUGACCCCAAUUACUCGUGCCGAAAAUCAAAUCUUCAUCGCUCCAAAACCGCGCCGGCCAUGGCGGUGAUCAGCGACGUCAACCCCCAAUCCUCCGUGCCAAAGCCGCAAUUUGGCAGCCAGAGUAUUGUGCGCCAGGGUGUAAUUCUUCUUAUUCUUUAUUUGGCAUUAGGGAUUGUCAUUUAUUGGUUCAAUCGUCAUAAUUUUUUAGCUUCCGAGACUCAUCCUAUAGUUGAUGCAUUAUAUUUUUGUAUAGUCACAAUGUGCACAAUAGGGUAUGGUGAUAUCACUCCGAAUAGUACAGCCACCAAACUUUUCUCUAUAUUGUUUGUGUUGGUGGGGUUUGGAUUUAUAGACAUAUUGUUGAGUGGGAUGGUCAGCUAUGUGCUUGAUUUGCAGGAGAAUCAUAUGUUGACGGCAGUGAAGGGGAGGAGGGGUGAGAAGGAUGGGAAGUCCUAUAUAAUUGAUGUGAAGAAAGGGAGGAUGAGGAUUCGAUUGAAGGUGGCGCUGGCGUUGGGAGUGGUGGUGAUUUGUAUUGGGGUAGGUGUGGCGGUUAUGCAUUUUGUGGAGAAGCUUGGAUGGUUGGACUCUUUUUAUCUCUCAGUUAUGUCAGUUACAACGGUUGGGUAUGGAGACCAUGCAUUCAAGACCAUGCAUGGCCGGAUAUUUGCUGCAAUUUGGUUGCUCGUUUCAACGCUUGCGGUGGCUCGAGCGUUCCUCUAUUUGGCUGAGGCAAGAGUGGAUAAGCGGCAUAGGAUGAUGGCUAAGUGGAUUCUUGGUCAGGAUAUGACUGUUUCUGAGUUUCUUGCUGCAGACAUUGAUAACAAUGGCUUUGUGAGGUAUGGACUUGAUUCCACUAAAAUGUAUACUGAGGUUUACACCCCCCACCCCAUGCAUCAUGGACCACUUUUUCAACCCAUCAGUGGGCCUAAAGCUGUAUAUGGUGUCUUUGGUAAAGUGUAUAGCUUGCAUGCCUUCAUAAAUGGUGGAUUAAACCAUAAGAAUGAGAAAGGGAAAAUAAAAAUGAUUGUAUUGAGUUUAAGCUUAGAGCCAGAUGGCUAUUCUAUACAUUAUUCACUGCAGUGGGUUUUCAACCCCUGCACUGCUGUAAUGUCCACCUACAUGGAGUUAAGGGUCCAUUUUGAGAGGUCUUUGGACCACUCCUCUCAAUUUUAUAAUUCUGAAAAGGUACCAUUACGGACUGAUGGUAGAUUUUGUGCUACUGUUGAUGCUGCAAAUUCCUUCUCCAGUAAGUAUGCAUGGAAAAUUGGAUGGAUGUACUUAAGAUAA